AUGGGGCUGGCCGCGCUGGGGCUGGCGAUCGGACCCCCGCUGGUGCGAGCGGACUGGGCGUUCGACCUGCCCCAUGUGGGGACGGUUGAGAUCGCCCACCUGCCCUCCAUAGGCGCCAGCUUCGCCCUCCUCCUCACCUCCUGCUUCGUCCUCCUCUGCAUAGCCGGAAUGCUGUCUACGCUGACCAUCAGCUUGAUGUCGACGGACAUGAUGACUCUCCAGAUCCUCGUCAACGGCGGCGGCACACCGACCGAGCAGAAAUAUGCCAAUCGCAUCAUGGGCGUGAUUAAAAAGCGACACCUGCUCCUGGCGACCCUAUUCAUCGCGAACGCGGCCGCCAUGUCGGCCCUCCCCAUCUUCCUCUACUUCCUCCUCGGCCCGCUUCCCGCCGUCCUGCUCGCCGUGGGCACCAUCCUCAUCGCCGGCGAAAUCCUGCCACAGGCUCUAGGUUCGCGCUACGGCCUCUUCAUCGGCGCCAAUCUCGUCUGGCUCGUGUGGGUGUUGAUCGCCAUCUUGUACCCCAUCGCCUGGCCGGUGAGCCUCAUCCUCGACUGGGCGCUUGCCGGCUCGCAGAGCACUUUCUUCCGCCGAGCAGAACUGGCGGAGCUGGUGAGCCUGCACGUGCGCGACUCGCAGAUCAAGGGCUCUGCCACCCGGCGGGAGCGCACGCUCGACGCCGAGGAGCGCGGCGAGAACGUGGCGGGCGCGUCAGGCGAGGAGGAGGGCCUCACGCGCGACGAGGCCAACAUCAUCAAGGGCGUGCUUGACAUGAAGAUCAAGACCGUCGAUAAGUGCAUGACCCCGCUGGAGAAGGUCUUCAUGCUGUCGCUCGCCGACAAGCUCGACGAAAAGACCAUGGACAAGAUAUUGAAGAGCGGGUUCAGCAGAGUGCCGGUGUACCAGGGCAAGAAGAACAACAUCAUCGGCAUGAUGAUCAUCAAGAACCUCCUCAAGCUCUCUCCCAAGGACGCGGUGCUGAUCGAGGACUUGAACCUGCACCGGUUGCCCACCGUGGGCGCGGACAUGCCCCUCUACCCCAUGCUCGAUCUCUUCCAGCGCGGCCAGAGUCAUAUGGCGCUUGUGGUGGACCCGACCGACAGAGUGACGGUGCAGGGCGUCAUCACCAUGGAGGACGUCAUCGAGGAGCUCAUCCAGGAGGAGAUCGCUGAUGAGACCGACAACAACCGCGACAUCAUGGACUCCAUUCGGGCGCAAGGAGUGAAGCCGCGCUUCAACAAGAACCCGCUGGGCGAGCGGGAGGCCAGGCGGCUGGAGCGCGCCGUGUCGUCGAUCGUCCUGCCCUUCCGCAAGAACCCGCUGGACAACGUGCUCAAGUCGGGCGCCGCGUCCAUCACCGCCGGCAACACCGUCGGCGUGGGCACCAGCUACUCCAACCUGCUCGCCGGCGCCGGCGGCAGCAACUCGGUCGCCAGCAUCAACGACGGCGGCGUAGGAGACCAGGCCGCCGCCGUGAGUGCCAGCACGCCCCUGCUCGCCGGCAAGCCCCAGAAGGUCUCCUUCCUCUCCACCGGCAAAGAACAAAUCUAA